ACGUUGAGAAACAGACGCGCUCUCGGUGCGCAAUCCUUCCGAGGACGCUCCUGAAAUUGCCGACCUGCUCUUUCGUCCUCGACAAAAAAUUGGCAAAGGAGCCAAAGGAGAGAAAAAAUAAAUAAAUAAGGCAAAAGCUUAUUAACUUUGCACGCUAGAGGCUAGAGUGUGGGAUAUAUUUGCUUUGCAUACCAUCGGAAGAAGAGGAUAAACUUAAUCAACAUUUGACAUCGACAAAAGCAGCUGCUGGAUUCUUGGAGAACAGAAUGAAUCCUUUUUAAUUCACACAAGUAUGAAGCAGAUUGCUCAGUGAAUGCUACGAUCUGCAUGGAGUUCUAGUCUACGGAGCAAUUUAUGGUUGGCCGCAUAACUCCCCCGGCUGUAGUACUGUGCCCACCUCGCCAUGCUGGCCUGUCUGCAGAGGAGGCAAAACCCUCCACCCCAGCACCCGGUGUGUGCCAGCAAGACCCUGGAGCCUCUGCAAGCCCUUGGACGGAAAUGUGAGCUCGUGGUGCCGCCACAUUCCCCACGCUACCCCAGUGCGGCAGAACUUGAUGCCUUCGCUCAGAAGACGGCCAGCAACCCUUUGUCCAUCAAGAUCUUCCCCACUAACAUCAGGGUUCCCCAGCACAAGCACCUUAAUCGGACUGUGAAUGGAUAUGACACCACCGGGUCACGCUAUGUUCCCUAUCCACAUAUCCACACAGGGGGCUACCAGGGCCUGCUGGCCAUCUUCAAGUCCUGCUCAUUGCCAUCCUCAUCAACAGCCACCUUUGGCCCUUCGAAAGGUGUUCUCAAGAACUCGGAAGGCAGACGGACUAAGCUCUCUCCAGCCCACAUAGCUGUUGCUCCAUACCCGCCCCCCAGUAGUAGCACUUUAGCCAGUGGCCACGGCCAAAUGGUAUACCACACUGGGCCCUCAAAGCCCCCUGAGGGGCCCGUACUAUCUGUUCCCCCAAAUGUCACUGUAGCUGGCUCAGUGAUUCCUGUAACUGGGGGACGAGGCCUGGCCCUGCCUGCACAGUCCAACCUCCCCUCCAUCCAGAGCAUCAUCUACCAGAUCAACCAGCAUUGCCAGGCCCAGGCUCUGCAGCAGGUGUGCCAAGGGGCUGCCACUGCACCGUCAAAUUCAAGCCCCUCCAAGCAGGGCACAACUGUCAUGGGGGUCUCUUCUAGCUCCUCAGGUGGAGGGUACGUGGUAGGAAUGGGUCCCCAGGCUAAUAUGGUGUACACAGGGCCCGGGCUGCCGCCUCAAAAUGCAGAGGCUUUGAAGGCUGGAGUGUACGCAGAUGGUAUGGACUACAUUCUUUGGCAGAAGCAGCAACAGCAACAGCAACAGCAGCAGCAGCAGCAUCAACAGGCUGUGCUCCGCAUGUACAGCGGAGGUAGCGGAGGAGGGGGCGCCAUCAGCAAGUCCCCCGAAACUUGUGUUCCAGGGGGACUUAUGGCGGCACAAGUGUCCUCCUCUUCAUCUAGACCUUACCACCUGACGGCGAGUGCCAGCGGAGGAGGCGGGAUGGACAAAGUCAGCUCUUCCCCUUUGAACUGUAUGGGUAUGCAUGGAAAUUUCUCAGUGGGUCAAUAUUUUGCUCCGCCGUGGAACAGUGUGCUGGUGACACCUGACAGUGACUGCUACAACCCCCAGGAGCUUUUGGCCACCUCCACAGGAGGACCGGUCACGGGGCACAGAGAGAUGGGCUACCCCCACCACCAUCACCACUACCACCAUCAUCAUCACCCUGCUGUAGACAGCGGGGGAGGUUUGUGCUGCAGCCUGCCCAGCAAGAGCAUGUGCAACACAUCGGUGCUGAGCAGCAGCUUGCAGUCUCUGGAGUACCUGAUCAACGACAUCCACCCACCCUGCAUCAAGGAGCAGAUGCUUGGCAAAGGCUACGAGACUGUGUCUGUGCCACGUCUGUUAGACCACCAGCAUGCACACAUCCGCCUCCCUGUUUACAGAUAGAGGGGGAAGAAGAGGAGGAAGAGAAUCAAGAGUUGUGAAUUUGUGAAGAAAAUCAAAAUUAAAGAACAGAGAUGUUUUUUUCUAGGUACAGAUUUUUGAAAUUGGCACUGCUUUAACUAGUGUGGGAGCUUAGAGAAGAGCAGUUGUUGUGCUGUGUGACCCUCGGUUUGGUGGUUUCAAGGCAGGCUGUGGGAAUCCCAAAUAUGAAAGGUGGUGGUGACUGCCAACGGGAGAGAAAAAGGGAUUUCAAGAUUCUCCGGAUGUUCCAUUGUGUGUGUUUUGCCAAUAGGAAUUUUGGAUUGAUUUAUUUUUUCUUCAGUUUUUUUGUUGUUUUACUCGCCUGAACUUUUUGAUGCGAAUCAUAGCUUGACAUGAAGUGCACACGGCACUUGUAUCCCCCUUCCAAAUACUAAGGCUGAAGCUACUGUGUAGGUUGUCACUGAAAGGGUCUUAAAAGGGCCAAAGCUUAGGGCUGCAUUCAAAAUCCAAAACAGUGUAACAGUACAUUUAUAAAGACACAAAUAGACAAAGGCAUACAUACACACAAUGUACUGCUAUGUGAGGAGACUAAAAUUAUACUCGGGGUGUGUAUGUACAAGGAUCAUAGGGUUGAAUUAAAAGAAUAGUACAAUAUUAGUUAUUAUUGCUGUUAUGAUUGAUACAUAAAUUGCACUGCUUGAAUCUUGUUAACUUUGAAGUUUAGAAUUGGGUAGUUUGGAUAUGAUAUAUUUAAGAAACUUGAAAAACUUGAACCUAUUUUUUGUUUUAUAUAUUUGUAGUUAUAUUUUAUGCAUUGGCUGCUAUGGGAAAAGUGUCUCAAAUGCUUUUUUGAUUUUCAUUUUUUCAUUUUUUUUCUUUUUUUGAUUUGAUAAAUCCUCCUCAAGCUAAUGUGCAGUUUCUUAUGUCCUGGUGUGAGGCAUAGUCGCUGCUUUGGUUCUGUAAGAACCUGGUCAGAGAGCUCUUUUCCCUAACCAACACUGGAAUCUACAAUAAAUCUUGAAAUACUUAUUUAAAAAAGAAAAUGUUGCAAAAAAAAGACCAUGAUAAAGAAAUGUUACAAUGAAGAAUGUGAUUGGGAGGUUAUUUACAUAACCUUAAGUGUAUGUUUAUGCGUGUAUGUGGCUGAGUGCAUGCGCGUGUGUGCAUUAUUUUUUUUUGUUUUUCAAAAUCCUCAGACUUUUUUUUUUUUCAAUUGUGUCACUAUAAGAUUUCCACCACCAAGACUGAAAAACUGAAUCCCCAGUCCCAUAAACAUCAUAUCUGAGUAAUGUACAGGAGAUAUUUUGCAAAUCUCGCUCCCUUUUAUCAGAGGCUUUAGAUAUUCUCUGGAGCACAGAUCAAGAUCCCACAUGACUCCAUCUAGCUGUAGUAACAGGGCUACAUCCCCUACUCCCCUACUGUUUAUCAUGAUGACAGAAAGAGGUGGGAACAAAUCAAAGUUCUAUUUUGGGGGUACUAGUCCACCCCUGAUCCUGCAAACAAAUACAAAAUGGAAACAAUCAUGCCCUUUCCUCUGGCAUCAGAUGAAAUGAGACAAGGCUCACUGCUUUCCCUUGUCCGUUUCAGCCCCUGGUUGGGAUACAUUUAGCCCGGGCCAGUCUUAACUGAUGAUUCAGAGCAGUGAAAUAUUUAUUAUGACUGUGAGAUUCCCUUGAAUGUACUGCACUUAAAUUACUGCAAUGUUUUAUUGCCUUGUGAGACUUGAGUGAAAGAGAAAAAUUGGAUCAGUGCAGCAGUCCUCUGGUCUUAAAUUAGCAUUUCUUUUGUCCGUCAAAUUUCAUUGGUAAAUUGAAUUUAGUAACUGGAGAGAGGGAGUCGGAGCUUUGUUGUGGGGAAAUACUGGCAUCAGUCAAGAUUUAUAAAGUGCAAUUAUUAUGACUGUAUUAACAUUUUUCUCUGAGCUUACACCAAAAAAUGUAAACUACAGUUGUCAAUACAUUCCCAAUGUACCACAUCCCUAAUCCCUAUCCCUUUAUGUUUUGAGGUGUAAAAUAAAUUUCUUUAAGAAUAUAUUCAGAAGCCACAUCUUGGCUUUGAAGUCUGUCAUUAUUAUUUUUUUUAUGUAUGUCCUCUAAAAGUCAGUGGGAAAUUUGGCCCUUGUUUCAGCGGCAGCUCUGUGAGAUCCAGAGCAUGAUGUGUGAUGUUGAUCCUUUACUGUACUGUAGCGAUAAACUACUGAUAUUGAGAAAACAUACAUUAUUUUUUAAAUGUUAAUACUUUGGCCACCCAAAGAUAAAGGACAGACAGAAUUGUUGUAAAAAUAAAGGAUUUACACAAAAUAUUGAAGACAAAGCAGAAAUUGAUGUUCCUUUGAUCAUUUGCAUACCAUAAAUAGACCUGUUU